CCUCGCUCCAGACGAACAACCACAACCAAGAUGGGCAAGAAAGGAAAGAAGGGCUCCAAAGGCAAGAACCGCCAAGGAGGCGGAAAGCAGCAGCAACAGCAGCAGCAGCAAAAACAGCAGCAAGACAAGCAACAGCAAGACAAGCAACAGCAAGACAAGCAGAAGCAGGAGCAGCAGAAGCAGGAGGAGGAGACGCAGCAAGCAGUCGAGCCCACACAGGCCGGCUCUGCAGAGCAACCAGCUGUCCAGCAGGACACCCGAGAGCAGGGCGAUCGUGCAGAGGACACGAAGCCCGUGGACGACGUUGCGGCGGCGCGACAGAGCGCCCUCGCCAUGCCCGUUGAAGACAGUGACGAUGACGACGACGACGGCGAUGAGGCCCAAGCGGACGAGCGCUCUGAUGCAGACGAUGCAGACGAUGCACUGCUGUCAGCAACACCACAGAGGCGCGUCGGGGAUGCUGCGCCGAGUGAGCCGGUCGAAGAAGGGCAGGACAAGAACGCCAACGAGCAGGCAGAAGCAGGCGAUACAAGGCGCGAUGAAGUGGCUGUCACAACCGCCGUGGACAGUGACCAGGAUGACAACGACACUGGCGAUAGCGACGCCACUGCCCCUGCCACCACUUCCUCCAAGGAGCAAGUGGAAGGCGCUGAAGCGAAGAAGGAAGACGAGGAGCAGAAGGUGGCGAAGGAAGACAUGCAGGCCGAGUCUGCUAACCUGACAAGCAUCCCACCAGCUCAGCUUGCCCGCUUUGUGUUUGUGAACGCAGACAAUGAUGGCAAUGGCUGGCUCUCGCGAAAUGAGCUGAAGAAGUUCCUUGCGGCAAGCAAGCACUUCAAAACAUAUGUCCUGGAUCGCGGCGAGGGCAAAUGGAAGGGCGUAUUUGAGCGGCUUGACAUGGACGGUGAUGGUCGCAUUGAGGAGGACGAGUUGACCUCCUAUUUCACCGAGCUCGGCCCUCUCCGCACAGACGCGCCAGAGGACUUUGAGAUUCCAGAGCCUGAGCCUUCAGCGAAAUCGGCAGCAGAUGACGUUGUGGAUGAGGAGACGGAGAAAGCCGAGGCUGAGCGCAAGGCAAAGGAGGAGGCAGAGAAGGCCGAGGCUGAGCGCAAGGCAAAGGAGGAAGCAGAGAAGGCUGAGGCUGAGCGCAAGGCAAAGGAGGAGGCAGAGAAGGCCGAGGCUGAGCGCAAGGCAAAGGAGGAGGCAGAGAAGGCUGAGGCUGAGCGCAAGGCAAAGGAGGAAGCAGAGAAGGCUGAGGCUGAGCGCAAGGCAAAGGAGGAAGCAGAGAAGGCCGAGGCUGAGCGCAAGGCAAAGGAGGAGGCAGAGAAGGCCGAGGCUGAGCGCAAGGCAAAGGAGGAAGCAGAGAGGAGAGCAGCCGCUGCCGCACUGUCACCGUCUCAUCAGACGCCGUCGUCCAGCCCGCGCCGUCCCGUCUCCUCCAGCGCUUCAGCAUCCACGCCAACAUCGCCGCGCCCAGCUGUUGUGCACGAGGCUCCAUUUGCGACGCAGACGACGGAGAAGGAGCCCCUGCUCAUGUCACCACAGCCCAAGUCACGCCGGUCUCCAGCAACGGAACAGUCAUCGUCCAUGUGCGGCUGCUGCUCGCUCCUCUGAAGCAACACCACUUACGCCUGUUGUUGCGUUGUUCGUUCUUUUCGUUCUUUUGGCGUUUUCAUCCCUUGGGUUUGGGUUUCUUACAUACUGGCUCAUUGGUUCGCGUGCCGUCGUGACAUCACAUCUUACUACUCUUCGCCUUCCCUUGCUUGUUUUCUUCUUCCUAGCGGAUAGCACUCCUCCCCCCUUUCCAUUUCACCACAACGAACACACGCACAUGCACUCACAGUGGCGUUUUCCCUUUUAGCUGACUGUCCGGCUUCUUUGGCGUCGUUACACACACACACACACACACACACACACACACACACACACACACACACGCACACACACACACGCACGCACGCACAGAGCAGGAGCUUCUUAGAUUGAGUUGAGUGUUGAGUUGGGCGCCGUUUGUUGCUUGCUGGCGUGAGUGUCGGUGCUGCAGCGUUGCCCUCACUGUUUACUGUGGAUCAUUAAAACAGACAGGCGCUCACGAAAACCAGGCACGGGAGCAUACAACGAC